AUUGUUGAUCGGGAGACAAGAAACCCCCCUCUCUUCUCUGCGAGGGUUUAUUUCGAGGCUUUGCCGUGUCGAUCGGGCGUUUACCUUGCGCGCUGCUGCUGCUGCUGUCAAACUUUGGGGAUACGAUCUUCGGCCUAUUAUGGCUUCUGCCAGUUUUCGAGAUUCCAUUAACUCCCUGGGCUGGAGCCGUCGUCAAGAUGCGCCCAUCACAACGUCACAGCAGUCAUCUGGCCUCCUAUCCUCUCUCCAGAGUCUGAACCCUUUUCAAGAUCGUGGAUAUACGGUUCUUCCCACAUCGGAAGGUCCUGGAGCGCCUCUGCCGGCGCCCAGUCGGCGUGAAGAAGAGGAGGGCUGGUUCGUUUUGAGUCGAUGGGACCGCAUGCUGGUAUUUGCCUUUUGCAAUCUCGCUGCCGCUGCCUGUUUCGUCAUCUGCUUCACCCUCUUCCCUGUCCUUUCUCUGAGACCACGCAAAUUUGUGAUUCUAUGGACAGUUGGAUCGGCACUCUUCCUGGCAUCUUUUGCUGCCAUUAUGGGACCUAUGAAUUACAUCUAUCAUCUUUUCUCCGCGCCUAGACUACCUUUUACCGCUGCCUACUUUGGAUCCAUAGCAAUGACUCUCGUGUUUGCUAUCAAGGUCCAUAGCACCAUCCUCACCCUUUUCGCGUCCUUGAUUCAACUUGCUGCCUUGAUUUGGUAUUUGGUCAGCUAUUUCCCGAUGGGUUCCACGGGUUUGCGCCUCGCUACUUCGUUCGGAGCAAGACAAGCAACUGCAUGGCUUUCAGGGUGAGUGCCGGUCGAGACGUAUUAGCAAGCGGGGUUCCAUCAUCCGCCGAAAUAAAAGUCCUCCCCAUGAUGCUCCUUUGAUAGGAUUUUGUUACUUUGUUUUAUAAUGCUUAUGGAUAUAUGUACCAUGUGAGAAGCCUAGCCAGAGCCUCAAACCAUUUCAAGAAUAGCCAGUUGCUGGGUAGUAGCACAUUCUAGCGAUAUGGGUAAAUCUGAUAAGAAACAUGCUAUAAUCUGGAAAUUUACCGAUACCAGUUAUCCA